AUGUGGGCCAAGCCCCCCGCCUGCCCAGUCCUGGUCUCCGUGGUGCAGCCUCUGGGUGCUGGAAACCUGAACUAUGUACAGAAGAUGAUGAGCUCUUCCUUCCUGGAGCUGACAGUCUGUCUGUCAGGGACACAAGCAGCGCUUCCAAGGCAGGUCCUUAUAACUGUCUCUUCCUCUCUAGGCACCUGUAGUAAAGUGAAGCCACCCCUGAAGGGAUCCUUCCAGGUCCUCCAUGGCAAUGGAACAUCCGUGGGGACAGUGAUGCUGUUCAACUGUCCCUCUGGCCACCAGAUGGGGGGAACUGGCCUUGUGACCUGCAUCUGGAAGGGGAAUAUCACUGAGUGGUCAUCAGGGAUACCUACAUGCAAACCUGUGCCCCCAUACGAAACUUUUGGCUUCAGGGUGGCUGUGAUUGCCUCCAUUGUCAGCUGUGCCAUCAUCCUGCUGAUGUCCAUGGCCUUCCUCACCUGCUGCCUAAUGAAGUGCGUGAAACGUACAGAGCCGCGCCACUCACACAGGACAACCCAGCUGUGGUACCAGCUUAGAGGCGAGGACCUGGAAACUGUGCAGGCUGCCUAUCUUGGCCUCAAGGGCCUUAACAACAACAACAGCCACCCCAGGAUUGAGCCUUACUUGGAUGAAGCUGCCAUGCAAGCACAUGACAACCACUGCUUCUCCAC